CGAGCCGGUGGUUGCAGAGGCGACCGUUAGGCGGCUUCGCGACCCGGAUGCGGCAGAAACACCAGCGUUGCUGCGACCGCUUUGGCGAUGGCGCACGAAGGCUCGAGGCAGGAGAGGCAGGUCCGAGACCGCGGGAUGACCCGGUCCGCGGUCCGAGACCGCGGGGUGACCCGGUCCAAGGCGGAAAAAGUGCGGCCGCCCACUGUGCCAGUGCCGCAGGUGGAUAUUGUGCCUGGGCGGCUCAAUGAGGCCGAGUGGAUGGCGCUUACGGCCCUCGAGGAGGGCGAGGACGUGGUAGGGGACAUCUUGGCCGACUUGCUGGCUCGAGUUAUGGACUCUGCUUUCAAAGUCUACCUGACUCAGCAGUGCAUUCCAUUCACCAUCAGCGAGGCCCGGGAGGCCAUGCUGCAGAUCACGGAGUGGCGCUUCCUGGCCCGGGACGAGGGAGAAUCUGCAGUAGCUGAGGACCCCACAUGGGAUGAGGACGAGGAGCCUUCGCCAUGCACGACGGACUCCUGGGCUCAGGGUUCAGUGCCCGUGCUGCACGCGCCCACCUCGGAGGGCCUGGAGAACUUCCAAGGUGAAGUACACUCCUCGGGAGCCUCUCCGGACUCCUCUGCCGUUACUCCUGCUCUCCCCUUUCCGACAUCUCACUGCCCGAGUGCAUUUCCCCAGGACCCUGGGAGCGUGGACCGGAUCCCUUUAGGAAGGUCGUGGGUGGGUCGAGGCUCCCAGGAGCAGAUGGAAUCUUGGGAGCCUUCUACGGAGCUGAGAGUCACCUCGGCCCCUCUUCCCACGUCAGAGUUGUUUCAGGAGGCAGGGCCCGGAGGUCUUGUAGAGGAAGCGGACGGCCAGUGUAGCGGCCUCUCCUCGGCCGGGUCCUUGAGCGCGACCUUCCAACUGUCGGUGAAGGAGGCGCCUGCCGACGAUGCCGACCCUUCUCUGGAUCCGUACCUGGAAGCCAGCCCCCAGGCCUCAACCGAGAGGGGACACCCCUUCGGCUUCCAUUUGUCGUUGGAGGACCUCUACUGUUGCAUGCCCCAGCUGGACGUGGCUGGGGAUCGGCUGGAACUCAGGUCAGAGGGGGUGCCCUGCAUCGCCUCGGGCGUGUUGAUGUCCUGCCCCUCUGUGGGCGGCGCCACCUGCCCCUCUGCGUCCUUCCAGCAGCAGCGGGCCAGGCCCUCGGAUGUGCGGCUGAGCGCCCAGAACCACAGGAUGCGCCGCAAGGCGGCCGUGAAACGCCUGGACCCUGCGCGGCUCCCGUGCCACUGGGUGCGCCCUCUGGCUGAGGUCCUGGUCCCAGACUCUCAAACACGCCCCUUGGAAGCCUACCGCGGCCGCCAGCGGGGCGAGAAGCCCAAGGCCCCCGAACCCCAAGCCCUCGGCCCCGGCACCCGUGUCUCCCCGGCAGCGUUCUUCCCUCUCCGGCCGGGCAUUCCUUUCUGUGCCUUGGACUCGGGCCCCGCACUCCAGUUCCCCACUUUAAAUUUAGGCCUAUCGUCGCCAUCCCUUGGGUCAAAGCUGCCAUUCCCCAACUCCAGGAUUCGCUUCCUCACCACACACCCGGUGCUCCCUGAUGUGGCCCGCAGCCCCAGCCCCAAGCUGUGGCCCAGUGCCAGGUGGCCCAGCGGUUGGGAGGGGGAGGCCGAGCUGCUGGGCGAGCUGUGGGCUGGCCGGACCCGCGUGCCUCCACAGGGUCUGGAGCUGGCAGACAGGGAGGGCCAGGAUCCUGGCAGAUGGCCUCGAACCACACCCCCGAUCCUUGAAGCCACUUCCCAGGUGAUGUGGAAGCCGGUGUUGCUGCCAGAAGCCCUGAAGCUGGCCCCUGGUGUGAGCAUGUGGAACCGGAGCACCCAGGUGUUGCUCAGCUCUGGUGUGCCUGAACAGGAGGACAAAGAAGGUAGCACCUUUCCUCCCGUUGAGCAACACCCCAUCCAGACAGGUGCCCCAAAGCCCCAGGUGACUGUAGCACAGCUAAUGAAAAACUCAGUCCCCAAAGUGUGGUCCUCUAAGCCUGCUGCCUCCGUCUGAUCCCUGAGCCUCUGGCAGUGGUAACUGGCCUCUCCCUCUGCUUGCCAGAAAUAAACACCUGAGUUGCCUUAGGAACUAG